AUGGAUUAUAGAUUUGUUUUGAAGCAACAGGAGUUAUAUAUCCAUAUAGAUAUGGAUAAGGAAAGAAUAGAAGGGAAUACUGUUAUGAACAUUUCUCUUUAUAUGCCCAUUUAUUAUUUAUAUGACGAAGAAGAUUUUAUUAAGAAUAAUUAUAAUAUAAAUAAGCUUAAAAUAAGAAAAGAAGAUAAAGAUAAGAAGAAACAGGUGAAAGAAAUUUUUUUAAAACAAGAUGUGUGUUACAAAAAAUUUUGUGAAAAGAAAAAAGAAAAGAAAUUAUUUGUAAUUCUUCAAAUUCCACAUAAUAUUAAUUCAAGUUCUUAUUACGAUAUAGAAUUAAAUAAUAAGGUACAUGAUAAAUAUUACAUAAUAUAUAAUAGUUCAAAUAGUGCUUAUUCAUAUGAUGAAGAAAAUAAUAUAAAUGAAGCAAAGCAUAUGAAUAAUUAUAACAAUAAUGAAAAUAUUAUGGUAAGAAAGAAUACAAAAAAAAAUGUUUCUUGUAAUAACGGAGAAGGUGAAUUAACUUUACAUCAUAAUUUAAAAGAAAAGGAUAAUAAAAAUAUAACAAAUUAUGAAAACGAUGAUACUAUUAUAUAUAAUAAUAAUAAUAGUAAUAUAACUUAUGAUGAAUAUAGAGAAGAAUAUAUGUCAGAAGAAAGAAAGAGUUAUGAAUUACAAGAUAGUUUUAAUAUUAUUGAUUAUAUUUCUUUAAAUAAAUAUGUGGAUGAAAAUUAUAUGAAAGAAAAUAAUUAUAUGUUUAUAAAUAUAGAUAAAGAAAUAUUGGAUAAAGAAAAAGAUAAAAAUUAUAAAAAUUUUCUUAAUUUUUGUAAUAGUAAUACAUAUGUAAUUACAAAUACAGAUGAAUAUAAUAUAAAAAUAAAUUUUGUUAUAGGUUUGAAAUUUUCUUUUUAUAAUUUAAAUUCGUAUUAUAAUAAAACAUAUUUUAAUAAAAAAAAUGAACAUGAUUUACUUAUUACUUUACAAAAUUAUUCAAAAGAAAAUACAUGGUUUCCAACACUCUCAAAAUUUGAUAGUAUAUAUUCAAAAUGUUCAUGGCUAGCCAUGUUUAAAAUUCAUAAACCAUAUUUUAUUAUUUCAUCCAAUACUUUAAUAGGUAUAUAUGAAGAAAAAUAUGAACCUGAAUAUCUAAAUAAAGAUGAAGAUAAGUGUAAAACGAUUAAUAAAAAAGAAAUUGAAAGGAAUUGUUUUGUUUAUAAAACAACAAAUAAAUGUGCAAAACUAUUCCCUCAUCAAAUUUGUGUAUAUGCUGGAAGAUUCGAUUUUCUACACUUAAAUAAUUUAAAUUUUAAAGGAUUCGAAAAAAUUAAUUAUGAUUUUUUAUAUAAAUAUGAAAAUAUGUACAAAAAUAACAAAAUGUAUAAUUCGACCGAACAAUUUAAUAAAUAUAAAUACAAAAAUUUUAAUUAUAAAAAUAAAUAUACUUUUUUCAAAGGAGAAAAAAAAAAAAACCAAAAUAGCUAUUUUGUUAGAAAUGACCUGAACGGGUCAGGCAAAAGAAAACGUACAAAUUCUCAACAUUUGUAUUAUGACGAUUCGGAUAGUUUGAAUGAGUAUGAUAAUAUGGAUAGUCGAAUGAAUGUGAAUAUAAAGAAUGAUGAUAAUAAUAAAACAAGUAAUCAUAAUAAUAAUGAUGAUGAUAAUAAUAAUAAAACAAAUAAUCAUAAUAAUAAUGAUGAUAAUAAUAAUAAUAAAACAAAUAAUCAUAAUAAUAAUGAUGAUAAUAAUAAUAAAACAAGUAAUCAUAAUAAUAAUGAUGGUGAUCCUUUUGAAAACAAUUUGUCGAAUGAUGAAAAAUAUAAUCAAAUGAAAAAAAGGAAAACAGAUAUGAGCUCAUUCUCUUUAAUUACAAACAACAGUUAUGAUAACCAAAAUGAAGGAACAUACAAUUAUAAUAAAAGGUAUGAUUAUAAAAAGAAAAUCGAAUCUUUUAUAAAUAUGGAUAAAGGCAAAUGUAAUAAUAUAAAAUAUAAGAAUUCCUUUGAACAUAAUAAGAAAGAAGUAGAUGGUGAUGAUGAAAUAACAUAUCAUUAUGAAAAGAUAAAUGAUAAAUGUGUUCCUAACAUUUAUAUUUUUUCUGUAAAGGAUUAUAAAAAUGAAUUAAUUUAUACAAAUCUUCAUAUAGGUUAUAUUUUAAGGAAUUUUAUAGAUAUUAGUAAGGAAGUUUUUCCUUAUGAUAAUUUAAUAAUAUUAUAUCUUCCUAUUGAAUUUAGUGAAUUACCCAAUUUUUUUUAUAAUUCAGAAAAUAUAGAAAGUUCUAUUAGUUGUCAUAUAUAUGAUGAUAUAAAGAAUGGAUAUAAUUUAUUUUCAAAUAGUAAUAUAUUAAAUUAUAAAAUUAUUGAACCAUAUAUAUAUAUGAAAAAUAAUAAGUUCUUCCUAUUUGGAAAUGUAAUCAUUUUUUCUACAAGCAUAUUACAUAAUAUAUAUGAUGUUUUAUUUAAUAUGAAUAUUUUUAGUUAUAAAAUAAUAAUAGCAGAAGGGUUAUUAUCUUUAUGUUUUCAAAAUUAUAUAGAUACUAUGAAAAAUGAAAAUAUUUAUUUCUUGUAUAUGCUUAAAAGUUUUAUGUUACAAAAAUUUAUUGAAACUAUGUUUGGAAUUGUUGAGAUAAAUGUUAUUUUUUAUGAAUUACGUGAACGUUAUUGUUCUUUAGUUGAACUUUUAGGAGAUAUUAAUUUAUAUCAUUCUUAUGAAGAAAAUAAAAAUAAUGUAUCACAAGAAUUUCCUAGUCAUUAUAUAUUUAAUAAUUUAUUUUAUAUUAAAUGCUUUUUAUGUGUACGCAUCUUUUUCAACAUACUUAAAAAUUUCAAUUUUUGUAGUACUAUUCAUCAAUAUUGUUUUUUUCUUUUCUUUAAUUAUUUUAAAAACAAGGGAAAGCUUAUACACUCAACAAAAUUUUGGAAAAAGGUCUUUAACGAAUGCACGAGGAGGUACAUAGAAAACUACAAACAAUUGCCCAAAAAUAAAUUCAAAAUAAAAAGUGCCGAUUUUAAUAUAACUAGCAGUGAACUAAAAAGUGAAGAACAUGAACAGUAUCAACUAUUUGAGAAAUAUUAUGUGGACUUUUUCAAAACAUAUAUUAAAGGAUAUGGUAUAUGUCAAUAUAUUCUUACUUUUAAUAUACAUUUACAAAGGAAGGGAACUUCAAUGGAUAAUUUUAAUUUUUUAUUUAGUCAGAAUUCAAUUAAUCCAUUUGAAUUUGUUGAUAAAAAUUAUCAUUCUAAUUAUUUUCUUGCUGAUCUUUCAUCUAUGAUCAUAUAUGAUUUGUUAGAACUUCAUUCGUAUCUAUCUAUAAAAAAUGGUACUGAAGAUAUUAUUAAAAAAAAGAACUUAUUAUGUGAACAUAUGGAUAAAAUAUAUUCUGAUAAAUUAUUAGAUGUUCCAUCUUCUGAUAUAUUUUAUAAUAUGGAAGACACAUAUUUAUUAUUUUUAAAAAAAAAUUUCUAUCAAAUCGAACAUGUUUAUGAUGCAUAUGAUAGAGAGAAAGUACAUAGAAAGUAUAUAAAAGUUAUAAAUAAAUAUAUAAUUAAAAGAAAUAAAAAUUAUGUUCUAAUAAAAAAAAGAAUAAUGAAUUUUAUGAAAAGUUCCAAUUUGCAUUUGUAUGGAUAUCUCAGAGAUGAUGUAAUAAAAAAUACAAAAUGUGAUAACAAAAUGCAAAAAAAAAAAAAAAAGGAUCAUGGUGUUAAUUCUUUAUCAAUCAAAUUAAUAAAUAAUAAUAUCCAUAUGAAAAGAGAAAGAGAAGAACAUGAUGAAUCGAUAGGUGUCUUGGGUUAUGAUCAAGAAUUAAAAAGAGAAUUACCCGACGAACAUAAUAAUAAUAAUAUUAAUAAUAAUAAUAAUGAUGAAUAUGAUAUAAACAAUUACAGUUAUGAAUAUCAAAAUUGUGCUUUUCCUACUCAUUCUAAUAAAAUAUAUCAAGACCAUGAUCACUUGUCAAUGAUUGAACCAAAUGAAAAGAAAGAAAAGUUGGUGAAUGAUAUAAAAAAAAAAAAUAAACGGAAAAAAAUUAUAUAUAUGCUUAAUAUACUACAGAUGAAUAAAAUUUUGAACAUGUUUAAAAUAAUAAUAAAAGGAAAAAAAGAAAAAAAGAUUCAAAAUUAUAUGUACAAAAAAUUGAAAAGAUGUAUGUCAGAAGAUAUUGAAAAAGAUGUUUUAAAAAGAAUGCAAAAAAAGAUGAAAAAAAUGUUAAUAAAAGAAAUAGAAAAAAAUAAAAGAAAAGAAGAUAUUGAUGGAACUUAUAUAAAAAAAAAAAAAAAAAAAUUAUCAUCAUUUUAUUCAAUAAAUAUAAGAAAUGAAAAAUUGAGAAAACGCAUGAGAAUUAAUAAAGGAUAUAUUUUAAAAAAAAAACAAGAAUUAAUUAAUUUGCCUUAUUCUAAUUUUGAUAGUUUAGAUUUAAUAGGUAGAGAUGGAAAUUUUUAUUUAGGAUUUGGUUAUGUGGGUUCAGAUGGUUUAUUAUUAAGUACAGGCAAAGGGAAUUUAUAUAAAAAUAUUAUAGCAUAUCAAAAAUAUAAAAAUUAUAAUAUAGAGAAAUUAAGUGAAAUUUGUAUAGACAAACAUAAUAUUUGUGAAUACAACACAUCUCCAUUUUAUACCAGUUGUAUAUAUCCUCAAUGGAAAACAAUAUUUCGUUUAUAUUAUUAUUUAUUAUUAUUGAAGAAAAUUGAGAAAAAGAAAAAAAAAUGUUUGACCUUUUCUAAUGACAUAAAUCAAAAAAGACAUGAUGUGCACAUCCUUGACUUGGAUGAUCAUACCUAUAAUUUAGAAAAGAAAAAAAAAAAAAAAUAUAAGCAAAAAAAAAAAAAAAAAAAAAAAAAAAAAAAAAGUGACAAUGUGAAUAUAAAUAAUGAUAUGGAGAAUUAUAAUUAUGAUAUGGAAUAUAAUAAUUAUGAUAUGGAAGAUAAUAAUUAUAAUAUGGAAGAUAAUAAUUAUAAUAUGGAAGAUAAUAAUUAUAAUAUGGAAGAUAAUAACUAUGAUAUGGAAUAUUAUAAUUAUGAUAUAACGCAAAAAACAAGUGAUGAUAAUCCUUCAUUAUAUCAACCUAAUAAUGAAGAUGACGACAAAUAUGUUAAUGGUCCUGAUGAUCUUUCUAAUAUAUAUCACGAAGAAUAUAAAAUGUUAGAAUAUUCUAAUAAAAAAGAAAACAAAUAUCCUACUGAUGAUAAUAAUUUGUCAAAUGAAAUGAACAGCGUGGAAGGUUUAGAUGUUUAUGAAAAAAAAAAUGAAUAUUAUAAUAAGCAUGAAUAUGAAGGUGAAGAUGAAAAUGAAAAUGAAUAUGAUGAUGAAUAUAUAUAUGAUUCAUAUAAACAAUAUGAUAGUUAUGAAUAUAAUUCUUAUGAUGAUGAAAAAAGGAAAGAUAAAAAGGUAAAAGAUAAAAUAAGAAAAGAAAAGAAAAAAAAAGAAAAAAAGAAAAAGAAGAAAAAGAAGAAAGAAAGAAAAAAAAAAAAAAAAGAGAAAGAAAAAUUAAAAAAUUUACAAUCUAUAUUAAAAAGUAAAGAAUUUGUUGAAAAUUAUUUAAAUCCAUGUGUAUUAAAUAAUAUACCUAUAUCAGUAGAUGAAUAUAAAUUUUUUUUAUGUUAUUUAAAAAUUGAAAUAAUAGAAGAUGAUGGAAUAAGAAUAGUAAAAAAAAACUUGAUUAAUAAUAUUACACCUACACGUUUUAGUGUUAAUGCUAGACCAGAAAAGGGUAGAAAAAAGGUAGCUUUUAAACAUGAAACUCUUUUUAUGAAUACAAAUGAAGAUAUAUUAAAUAGAAAUUCUUUAGAUAGAUCUGAUAAUUUUAUAAAUAAAACUGUAAAAUUUGUAGGAAAUACAAAUGAUAGUGAUAAAUAUAUGAUUGAAUAUUGUAAACAGAAAAUAUUGAAAAAAGAUAAAUCUUUAUUAUGUUUAGAUAAUAGAAAAUUAGUAGCCAAAAUUUGUAGUAAGAAUAAAAUACCUAUAUUAUGGAUUAGAAUAGAUAAUGAUUUUGUUUUAUUAGGUAGAAUAAGAAGAUCACAAAGUAUAAGCAUGUGGAUUCAACAAUUAUAUAAUGAUAAUAAUGUAUUAUCUCAAUUAGAAUCUUCAUUCGCUUUAGCUUUUAUUCCUUUUUUUUUUCUAAAUAAAAAUGUAUUCUCUAAUUAUAAUGAAUUGAAAGGUAUUUAUAAUAAUGCAUUUACUCAACCUGAUGAUAUAACUAGCAACAAUAUGAAUUAUAAUGAUGACACUUAUAAUAAUAAUUAUCAUGAUGAUGAUGAUGAUGAUAUGAAUAAUCAUAAUAAUAAUAUUAAUGAUGAUCAUAAUACAUAUGAAAGCAAAGACAAUAUUGCUGAAUCAUCUUUAAAUUUUAUUAAUUCAGUAUUAAAUAAAAAAAAAAAUAAAAAAAGUAAUAUGAAUCUAACAACAAAUACAAUGACAAAAAGAGCUUCUUCAAAUAUAAAAAUUAAUAAUAAUGUAAAUAAUAAUAUGAUAAUACAAAAUGAUAUGUUAAUAAAGCAAGGUAAUAAAAAAAACAAAAUUAUAAAUAAUAUGUUAGAUGGAGAUUUUAUGGGUACCACUGACAUAAAUAUGGAUCCUAUUACAAUGAAUAAUGAUGAUAACACAACAAACAGUAUUAUUUUUAAUAACAACAAUAAUAAUGAUAAUAAUAGUAAUAAUAAUAAUAAUAGUAAUAAUAAUAAGAACAAUAAUAAUAAGAACAAUCAUAACAAUAUAAACAACAACAAUAAUAAUAAUAGUAAUAAAAGUAGUAGUCUUAAUAGUGACAAUGAAGAAAAUAUACAUUAUUUAAAUUUUAAAGGAGGACAUAGAAACAAUCAUCAUAUUAUUAUUAAUAAUAAUAAUAAUAAUAAUUUUGAUAAUAAUAAUAAUAAAGAUGUAGAUUCAACACAAAGUAGUAGUAUUAGCAAUAUGUCUGAUAAUUAUGAUUGUAAUUAUUGUUCAUCAACAAUUAUUGAUUAUAAUGAUGAGAUGAAUAAUUCUCUUUUAAAUUAUUCUUCAUUUAGUUAUAAAAGAAAUAAUAAAUUUUAUAAAGAUAAUUAUAAAAAUAAUAUAUCUAUUAAUAAUAUACCUAUAAAUGUUGAAGUUAUUAAAUGUUUAUAUAAAUCUAUUUUAAAUAAUUGUCUUCAUUAUAUUGUAAGAAUUAGAUGUAUCUAUUCUUUAUGUUUUAUUCAUAAUAAAUAUAUAUAUACUCAAAAAAUUAUUCAAAAUUUAUUUCUAGAAUAUAUUCAUACUUAUUAUGAUAAUAAUCUUAAUCAAAAAAAAUUCUUACAUGCAUUUUAUAUUGCCUUAUCACUUUUAAGAAAUAAAAAAAACAAAACUCCAAAAAUUAUCAUCUUUCUCUUAUUAAAAAAAUGUAAAAACUUUGUCCUUUCUUUAAAUAUAAAUGAUAUAUAUUAUUUUAAUCACAAUCUAACAAAUUCUUAUUCUUUGGUUCAAUCCCAAAAAAAUUUUUCUAUUAACAAAUGUGACGACAUUCAAAUGUUUAAUGGAAUAACCAACAUGCAUGCGCAGGAUCUACAUCUUGAUUCAAGUGCACCUUUCAAUUGCAUAAAAAUAAUAAAUAAAAAAGAAGAUAAUAAAGAUGACAAAGAAAUGGAACCAUUUGAUAAUAGUAAAAAAUAUUUUCAUGAUAAAUCAUAUUAUAAUAAUGAUAAUAAUUUAAAUAUUUAUAAAAAAAAUAAAAACGGUUCAAAACAAAAUUGGGAUGAUCAUAAUAAAAAUAAUACCAUAGAUGAACAAUAUGAACCUCCAUGUGAUAUCAAAACUAAUGAUGAUAUAAUAAAAAAUAUAAUAAGAAUAACAGGAGGGAAGGGUUUAAACAAACAAACAAAAAAUGAAGAUAAUAAUAUUAAUAAUAAUAAUAAUAAUAAUAAUUUUUAUUAUAAGGACAACUCCACAAAUAAUCAUAAUAUUUAUUUUCACAAUUCCAAUAAUGUGUCAAAUAAAGAAAAACAAAAUGAUGUGCUUAAUAAUAAUAUAGAAUAUUUAUAUGACAAAAAAGAAAUUAUAAAAAAAGAAGAAAAUGAAGAUAUUAAAAUUAUUCUUGAGUGUUUAGGUAAUAUUAAAAUUAAAUAUGAAUAUAUGUUAGAUAAUUAUAAUGGUGUGCAGCAUAAAGAAAAUAUGUUUUAUAAAUAUAUUUCAUCCUUAAGAAAAGGGAAUAAUAAUAUAUAUAAUAAUGAUAUGAAAUAUAUAAAUAAUAAAAAUAAUAAUAAAUAUAAUACAAAUAAUAAAUAUAAUAAAUAUAAAAAAAAUAAAAGAAAUAAAAAAUGGAUAUAUGAUGCAUACGAUUUUUAUGAUAUAAAUAUAUAUGAUAAUAAUAAUAAGUUACAAAAUCAUUUUUUAAAAUUAAAAAAAAGUAAAAAAGAAUAUAUUCAAGAAUUAAUACAUUUAAUAUUUAUAAUAUUUCAAUUAAAAAAAUUAGCAUUAAAUAAACCUAUCAUAUCUGAUAGUAUCAUUAUUAUACUUAUUAGAUCUAUAUGUAGAAAUACAAAUUUAUUAUAUCUAUUUAAAAAUAAAUUAUUUUAUGAGAAUAAAGAUUUAUUUGAUAUAUGUGAAUAUAUUCUAUAUAAUCCAUAUAUAUUAGAAACAAGUUAUACUAAUAUAUUAAGAAACAAAAUUAAUAACAAUCAUAUAUAUUUAAUACAAAUUUUAAGGACCACAAUAUAUUUAAUAUUAAAAGGGGAUAUAAGAGUAUUUCAAAUAUUUUAUAUAUCAAAGAAAAAGAAAAAUAUAAAUGAAUACAACACAUCUAUAUUGAAAAAAGAUGAGAAAAAAAAAUGUAUGAUAAAAAACAAUAAGGAAUUUUUAUUAAAUUAUGAUGAAAAUGAUUUUUUUUCACAUUAUGAAGAUUUCUUUUUUUGUUCUACAUAUACUAAUUAUAUUGAAAAAAAAGUUAUUUGUAGUCAUCUUUUAAAUAUAUUUUCAGCCUUCCAGAUGUGUAAUGAAAUAAUUAAAAAAUAUAAAAAUGCAGAAUUAGAAAUGCAUAUAUGGAAUAAUAUAUAUAACAUGCUUUUAAUAUUUCAACAAAAAUAUCCUUUCUUUUUUUUACCUUUUUCAAAAAAUUAUAAUAAAUAUUUUAAAUAUUAUCAAAAAAAGAAAUAUACUAUAUUUCAAUUUUAUUAUUUAUUAUAUGGAUUGAAUAGAAUUAAUCAAUAUGAAAAAUAUAAUUUAUUAGAAAAAUAUCAAUAUGAAUGUGGACAUGAAUAUGAUCCUCUUAAUAGUGAAAAUAUAUUUUUAAAUAACAAUGAUAUUUACACUCAUCCACAUAUUAAAAAUAUUAUUAAUAGAAAAAAUUAUUGUCAACCAUUAUCAUAUAAAAAUAAUUCUUUUAUUAUUUAUAAAUAUAAUAUAAUUGGUUAUAUUAAAUUAAUACACAUAUUAAAAUCAGUUCCAAGCUCUAAGAAAUUAAAAAAAAAAAAUUUUGUGCAAAUAACUUAUAUUAAUUAUAUAGUUAAAUAUAUUCAUAUAUUUUUAAAAAAUUUAAUAAUUAAUAUAUCAAAUACAAAUAUCAACUAUUAUAAAAAUUCAAUCCUAUAUGAUUUGAAGAAUAUUUUCCUCUUCUUCUAUGGCUAUGGAAUACCUCCAUGUCACAUAAAAAACAACCCCCAAAUUUACAAGCCACACUAUAACCAGCUAAAUAAUAUGACAAGCAAGGGUGUACAAUUAAAUGAUCUCGUUCGAUUUUUGAGAACAUAUUAUGAUAACAACAAAUUACUUGAAUGGAAAUUAGUCGCUUCCGAGUUUGUUAACGUGUUGAAAAAUAUGAAGGAGCUCGAAUUUUUUGUUGACAGCCCAACAAUAUCUUUACACAAUUUUAAAUUUGAAAAAGAGAAUAUAUGGUUAACCCUGAUAAGUGCUAAACUAAGAAAUGAUAUUUAUAAAUUACCUAUGGACUUAAAAAGAGAUAUUGUUCUUUUAUUAAAAAAUAUUCGUUCAAUGGAUUUAUAUUUAAAUACAAAUAAUUAUGAAAAUGUUAAUAAUAUUUUUACUGUAUGUUGGCUUAUUAUUGUAAGAAUAUUUCAAAAUUAUGAAAAAAAUAAAAAUAUAUAA